ACGCUGGUUUCAUUCCAAAAUUCCAAUUGGCCAAUUGUCCAUGUGUCUAUUGAAUGUGGUCUAUAUAUGUGCGCUGUGAUUGGCUGGCGACCAGUCCCGGGUGUACCCCGCCUCUCGCCCGAAGACAGCUGGGAUAGUAGAAAAUGAAUGAAUAAAAUGGUGAACUUGAUGCUGAUUUACAUACUUAUUACAUUAUUUUAUUACAUACAAAUACACUUAUUUUUUGUAAAGUAAGCAAGCAGGCCAUAAUGGCAUUAAAUAAUAAAAUGCAUAUAAAGGUGAAUUGAAUGAAUGAAUGAACAUUAAAGGUUACUUCGAAUACACAGCAAAGGGAAUGUACACAGAAAGUACACAGUACUUAUCCACACAUUGACGUUUAAUGUAAGAGACUUGUCAUUACACAGGCUGUCCAGGUGGUCAAUUAAAAAAACAUAAACAUAUGCAGACAAAUAUACAUGAUGCCACGUGGAGCUAUAGAAGGGUGACUGGGGGAGGCUUGUACUGCAAGAAGUUAAUGACACUUGUUGGCAUCUCCAGCUGCUCGAUACAGUGGAUCUUGUUGAUCUUUUUGAGGUAUCUUCGCAGAGCCAGUCUGCACUGUGACGUCAAGGCCUUUGGAUUUCCUGAGGAUGUGACAGGAAGGAAUACAUAUUACAGCAGCUCCACAGCUUCAUUCUGCUUGGUGGACUUCUCAAUGAUAAGCGUGGGAAGAUAGACGUUGGCUCCGAAGUCGAUGAGAAGCUGAAUGUACUCCACACCGCAGCCGUGCCUCAAACACAUCUCCAGCACCGUUUUGGGCUGCUUGAUGGAACUCAGCAGUCUGGGGUCGGCACAGUUGUAAUCUGGAUCGGCCCCGUAGAGGAGGAGCAAUUUGAAGCACUCCAUGUGUCCAUAUACGGCGGCCAGGUAGAGUGGCCCGCUUGACACCCUGGCGCUUGAGGUCCAGAGAAGGACUUUUGAUCGAGAGUUCACCUCAGCACCAUGUUUGAGCAGUUCCUGUAGUAUUGCAACGUCGCCCUCACGAGCAGCAGUGAGCACGGGGGAGCAGUUGUUAGAGGAAUUCCCGUUGGGGUCAGCGCCGGCCCUGAGGAGCGCUAAGACGCAGUCCAGGUACUUUCCUCGAACUGCAGCGAAAAGAGGCGUCUGGGCUUUGACAUCCACACAGUCCACCAGGGCACCGUGGGUCAGCAGAACCUGCAGACAACUGAGGUGGCCUUUGGACACGGCAGCGUGAAGAGGGGUGCCCGCGAUGCCCCAUCCGCCUCUGUAGUUGAUGACCUUCUUGUAGAUAUCCUGGCACAGCAUGUCUUCAAGGAGUCUGUCAUUGUUUUGUAACACCGCUUGUCGGAGCUGGGAGAUCUCACAACUGUGUUCUUCUUCUGUGGUCCUGAGCUGGAGCAUAGAACCUGCUGUCGAUGACACAAAAACACAGAACCAUCAGGUGAUAUCCAAACUUGCACAUUGAACACAGAAAUAUCUAAAAAGUCUGCCUUACAAAGAUGACGAUGCUCAUUAUACUUUCCACACUUUAGUAACAAUAUUAUUAUACUUGUUUGAUUCCGACUUCGUACAAAACUCCUAAUCAGAAUUCACCUCCUAAAACGUUAAUACGCCAAGUGGACGAUAAUGAUAUACAUAACAUAUCUCUGUAAUGCCAGUAUGCUAGCGGCUAAGCUACUGUUAGCAGCUCAAUGUAAACAAGAGUUAAAGGGCCAUCCAACAUGCUAAUCCGCACGGGUCGGACUUCGUUUAUUUCCUUAAAAAACGAACCAUAUAAACCAUGUCAAAAGCGUAGCAUGUUCAACUGCAAUGCAUAUGAUUUUUAUUUUCAACAGUAUGUAGCAAUUAAACAGAAAUUACGUUUUUUUGCCGUCGCUUUACCUUAGAUGUGUCACCACCAUCCGACGCCUGCUUGUUCCUGCUUUUUCUUCUUCAUGGUUGUGUAUUCAACCAAGGCGCAUUGGCGCCCCCUUGUGUUGUAAUUUAGUAUUACAGCUCAUCAUAGCAAACAAAGAAAUCAUGAUUGCUAAUAGUGAAAGAUUUAUUAUUGUUAAAUAGGAAUACCAUCUGUGAUUAUUUUGAUUGUGAUUAUUUUUUCCUUUGGCAUAGAAAAUAUUCUGCAUAUAGACAUUGAUGCUGGGAUUUUAUUGGAGGCACGUGAUGUGAAUUUGAAUAGAUAAUUGGAUUUUUAAAGUUGCUAAAGGUUGUAAGAUGAACCAUGGCAUUGGCUACUGUUGUUACGAAACAAAUCCAACUUUCUCACCACCUUGACCUUUAACGCCUUCUCUCUCCGGGCAACAGCGAUGGCAUCCUGCCUUGCCAAAUGGGGUGCAUUUCUUUUGCAUGCGCGUCACAGGCUUUUGUUUGUUUAAUGGUGAGGUCACAAAGAUAGUUUGCACCCAACAGGGACACAAAACCUUUGCAAAGCAACUUAUUUCCGCAUAUUAUUAAAAAAAAAAAAACAUAUGAAAUGAAACACUGCAUGACCAGCUUGACUUUUUGCUUCCGUCCUUGUGCUCUUCUCUAUCAUUGUCUGCUUUUACAACAUGCUAAUGAGCAGUGAAGGCCUCCUCUGUCCACUCCGCUUCUAUUGCUGUUGCUGAGAAACAAAGUAGAAGUCACCAAGGCGAUUAAAGACCGGGGAGAAGAGACACCACCAUAACUCAGUGUGCUGAGGGUGGGGAUAGAGGUUGCUAGUGAAGGCGCAGUGUUGGAUUUAAUAUGAGGGAAAUCAAAAUGCAGACCAAAAAUGUUGCUUUUUAGACUACUGGAAUGCAUUGAGGGAAAAGUAGUUUUCACUGAGUAUGAUGCAUCUUUCCUCUGAUGCCAAUGACAGUCAUGCUCGCUCCACAGAGACACGCGUGGAGCAUCCUUUGUGUGGUUUUCUUCAGCACAGCAGGAGGCCAUCUUGCAGAAGACAUCCCCUGCCCCAAAGGUGGUCAGAUCCACCUGCCGAGCCUGCGAUGCUUCUGGCUCUCUAAAAAGACGUCCACAUGGUCCGAAGCUUUGGAUUCCUGUCUGCAGACGAGUGGUGGGGACGUGGCAACUGCUGACACGUCGGAUUUACAAAACUUCAUCCAGCACGCCUUCCCAGUCUACUUCAGUCUUUUGGCACACCCGUCCCAUAUGUACUGGUGCGUAUUGUUCUUUUUGGUUAGGAAAAGCUCUGUGUGGGUUUGGCUGAAGGGAUCAAGAGGAGAAGGACCCAACCAGGGUGGGCCUGUGGAGUCAGCAAGUCCUUCAUGGGGGGAUGAAGGCAUCGGUGAAAACCUGGAAGUGUGUCCUCAGUUGUCUUUGGGAACACGUGGACAAUGGAGGAGGACCCCUUGCAGUAAACGAUACCACUUCUUCUGUGAAAGACACCUCGAUGAAUAUUUACCAGAGGUGGACAGUUACCUCGUGGGAGUGGUUCUGAUGACGGGCAUCUACCAUCAGUUCCAAAUCCACCCUCUCUCGACGAUCCCAGAUAGUGAACAACAUGCAGUGGAGUUGCAGUUGUUCCCAGGCCUGUGGUUCAGCCAUUCAGGUCAACUGACAUCCCUGGAACUGGUGGUCCAGCCCAGCCCGACUUCUUCUCUGGUCCGGGUCCAAAUCCUACGACCCUACUGCAACCCCAGCCACCACUUAGUACCUCCAGGUUGCAGCUCCCUUCGGAAUCCCUUCAGCUGCUGCUCGGUGGUUCCGCUGUGCAACACAACAGGGGGUUGCAACCUGGGCCAGUAUUGGUGUCACACUCUGGAAGCCUGCCUCCCCAACAGUAGUCCAUGUAGCCCCUACAUCUCAGCGGCAGGGGGCCACCGCUUCUCCUUCCCUCCCAGAUAUUCACAGAUACCCCCCUUUUACCACUUGGUGGCAGACUUAUCCUUGAGAAUACCAUCUUUGUCUGAUCUGGAAACUUUAAAUGUGCUUCUCCCAGAGGCAGCCAUCUUGGUGUACCCUGAUGAUAUCGUGGCCAUCCAACACACUCGUAAACCUGGGACUUUCCUGCAUUGCCUUUCAAAUGAGGCAUCCUUAAAUUCACCAUGGAGACAAAGUUAUGUGUCUCUCCAGGGGACAGAGUGGGGGGGCUGGUGGGAGGGGGGUCUUACUUCAAUGCCCCAAGGUGGCCACUGGGUAGACGGGGUGGUGUGUAAUCUGAGACUGCUUUACGCAGACACCCUUCACGGUACAGAGGAGAUGUUUGGCCAGACGGAGACAACCACACUUUCUUCCAUGAAGGCCUUGAGUGUGAGCUCUGAAUUUGGACUAAGAGUCAUCUACCCUCCACUGGAUGACAAGAACCAGAUCCACCUUCAAAUCAACGUGCCAACUUUCAUGGUGGUCAAGGUUCUAAAAGGAGAAAACGCCAGGUGCUCGUGGUCGGCCCCAGUCCUUCAAACUGGACUCACCUUCAGCCCAUCUUGCACAGAAGCUCUGCCUGAAUGCAAGACCAAUUCCGGAGAAGCAUGGUUCUCCUCCGUGACUCUGGUCUUACCGUCGGUGGGGGUUCAGACGCUGACCGUCAGUGUGACAGAUGCUGUUAGUGCUCAGAGUUUGAAUGUGACGCUGUGUGGCUAUGAAGGCGUGUCCGGGCUUAGCGUGGAGCCAAGUGACCUCCAGAGGAUGCUUGUGGACACACCCCAGUCUUUUUCAGCCAAAGUGGAGAGGGGCUCAUCAGUGACAUUCUCAUGGGUGAUUGACAACCUGGAGACGUUUGCAUAUGAAGGUGAAUCGUACAGUGUCGUGUUCAAGAAAGCGGCCGAGUACAAGCUAAAGGUAACGGCAUCCAACCCUGUGAGCUCCCAGAGCAAACAGCUCCUGCUGACUGCAGAUGAAAUGACCCCCCUCGGUGAGCCAGAGUUCCUGUUUGUUAGGGAUGUUGUAGCCGUGGGUGCGACACACAGCUACACUCUCAGGGUCAAAGUGGACAUCGCUUUGCCCGCCACCUUCAGAUGGGACUUUGGAGACGGAAGCAACCAAGUCAUCCACACCCGGCCUGCUCCAUGUGAGACAUUGAGGGGGGAUGCUGACCGAAGGGAGAAGCAAGCGUCCAUGCAGCACUCAGUGAACUUUACCUAUUCCACACCAGGUGACUACACACUUCAAGUGGACGUCUCUAACAAAUACGAAAAAGUCCAAAAGUCGACCAAGAUACGCGUCCGUACCCUGUUAAAACAUCUGUUUCUUGACUUCUCCCCUCGGGUGCCCCUUUUGGGCCAGACUCUCCACUUGGAAGCCACCCCUGAUCCCACCUCCAACAAUGUCGUAUUCACAUGGGAUUUCGGUGACAAUUCCAAAGCUGUCCAAGGCACGGAUCGUAAAGUCGAACACACCUUUACAUCUCCUGGAGUCUACAACAUCAGCGUGUGUGCCAACAACUCUCUUUCUGUGCUCAACAUUUGGGUCAUGUUGGAAGUUAUGGAAGAAAUAUCAGGGCUAGGUCUCGGCUACAACGGACCCAACGAGUUGGGCUCGGUCACAGAUUUCAGAGCCAAAGUCGCAACGGGUACGAAGCUCAUGUGGGAUUUUGACUUUGGUGAUGGAGCUAAGAAGGGGAACCUUACAGAUGGUUCGGUUUCACAUAUCUAUGAGUUUCCAGGAAACUAUACAGUGGGGGUAACUGUUUCUAAUUCUGUCAGCCAUUGCCACAAGUUCAUCGCUGUUGUAGUCUAUAGAUUGGCUGUUUUGGGAAUGCUGCCUGCCGAAUGUAUCACCAGUGAUAGAAACACAGAGUUUAGUGCUUUGGUUAGUGGAAAUGUAUCCAUACUGACUUUCUAUUGGCUAUUUGAGGAUGAAUUAGUUGUUGUGGAAGGGCGAUCCACAGCCAUGCACACCUUUUCCAGCGCAGGUACUUACAAUGUUAACUUAACCGUGCAUAGCUCGAUUAGCUCCGUGACAUACAAUAACACAGUCUGUGUUGAAACACCAGUCACUGACAUAUCAGUGCAGUCAUCUCGUUCUAUAGCAGCCACUGGAGAUGAAGUUUGUUUUAGUGUAUUGUUCUCUCCAGAAGAGGCAACCAGUUGUCGAUUUAAGUGGUUCAGCAGCUCCUCCAGUCGAGCUUCGGUGACAGACACCGCUCUGAAGUGUUUUACCUUCCAAGAUGAAGGCAUCCAAGAGGUAUCUGUAACAGUGAGUAAUAAAGUGAGCAGCAAAACGGUAAACACUAGCAUCACCGUUCAGAAACCUGUGAGCGAUUUCUCUGUAGUGCGAGGUAGCGAGACGGUGACUGUGAAUACAUCAACUUCAUUUUGGGUGGAGAGUUGCUCCGGUAGCAAUGUGUCGGUGCUGUGGGAUUUCGGUGACGGUUUCCAAGCAGAACAGAAGCAAAACAUUUUGCAUGUAUUUACCGCAACGGGAGAAUACACCGUGAAUGCCACUGCUUUUAACGCAAUAAGCCAGGAAUCAGUGACCCUAAAAGUGAAAGUGUUGCAUCCCGUGUCAGACUUUAGCCUGCAAACCAAGCAGCCUUACGGUAUUGUCGGAGAAGAGACUGUUUUUACAGCAGUUAGCAGUGACGAUAGCAGCACGGCCUACUUUUGGACAGUGGAUGGUUUAACUCCACUCCAACAGGGGACCUUUCAGUUUAGAUACGUUUUCCACAAAGCAGCAUCAUAUCGAGUACGAGCGGUAGCCCGGAACUUGGUGAGCAAACGGGAGGCAUCCAUAUUAGUUGACGUCUUUGAGAGAAUAGAAGGCCUUCACAUCGAUUGUCCGACAUUGACAAACAUGACAUAUUUCCCAACUCAAGAGGAGGUGGUGUUUGUCGCGAAAGUCACAAAAGGCUCCAAUGUGACGUAUCGGUGGCUUGCUACCCAAAGUGAUGGGAAGUCUGAAAUGACUGCAGGAGGAGAACGUUUUCACUUGGUGGUUGAAAGAGCCAGUAUGUUAUCAAUUCAGUUGAUUGCGUCGAACAAGUUGGGUGAGGUCGCUAGCGUCGCUUCUGUUGUGGCUGUAGAACGUGUUACACGUGCACGCAUAAGUACGCCAUCGCUUGUGGUGGCGGUGGGGAAGCUGCUGAAUAUUUCAGUGUCGGUCCUCAAUGGUUCUAACUUGAAGUACUUUUGGUUUGUGGACGAUCUUCCACCCGUUGAAACAUACACUCCUGAUCUUCUUCACAGAUUUUCAAGCUCAGGGGAUUCUUUUCUCCAAGUUGUAGUUCUGAACGCCCUCAGUAGGAGUACUGACAGUAAGCGUUUUAUUGUGCAAGAGGAGGUAGAAGAGGUGGAUUUUAGAAUAGCGGACAAAAUGUUUCCGUUUUAUAUCAGCACAAACACUGUUGUGUCUUUCCAGGGUGUUGCUAACAAAGGUAGUGAUCUGCACUGGCUUUGGAAAAUAGCCGAUGUCAUAACUGACCUUUUUUACACAACCAACAGAACAUUCACGUCCAUUUUUCCCCACGGAGGCGUUUACAACGUGUCUUUAAAUGUCUCCAAUGCAGUAAAUUGGCUGGAGGUUUCACACGAUGUGUUCGUCGAGGAUCAAAUUGAAGGUCUCAGUCUAAACAUUAGCCGGUAUACUCUUUGCACAGAGGAAGACGUUACCUUCAGGGCGACCAUCAGCAAAGGGAGCAACGUAAGCUUUGGUUUAACAUUUGAAAAUAAAGACCGGAUUCAUGGUCAGGAUGUAGUUGAGGGAUUGUUUACGACAUCAAACCUUCCAACCGGGACAACUUAUGUUAAACUUAGAGCUUGGAAUCAGGUCAGUACUGCACAAGUGUCAAGUAAAGUCCAGAUAAUUGAAAAUAUUAAAACUUUACAACUUUUAAGUCCUUCCCAGAAUGCCAUAGAGGCCCUGGAAGAGAUGCGUUUUGUAGCGGAUGAUCAGCAUGGCUUUCCAGUCAACUACACUUGGAUAUUUCACAUAGGUAGUACUAAGAUGGCGCUCACUGGAAAGGAAGUUGUUUUUACGCCACCGUCGAGCGGUUCAUUAUCGGUCUCUCUGCUUGCAAGCAAUGGCGUCUGCUCUAAAAUGCUGAACAAGACUCUGGUAGUUGAAUUCCCUGUUAAGAAGGUACAGAUGUUUUGUCACUCGGAACGAAUAUUUACUGGACAUGCAGUGGCAUUUUCUGCUAAAGUUACCGAAGGAACCAAUCUUUGGUAUUCGUGGGAAUUUGGAAACGCGAUUGAAUAUUCCCAUUUAGAUACAGUCAACUUUACUUUUAGCCAGGCUGGGGUGUACGUUGUUACGGUUAACAUCUCCAACAGUGUGAGCCAUAUGUCCACACAGCUACGUAUAAAUGUGGAGGUGUUGGAGUGUUCAAGUCCUCAAGCAUCUCUCAUCCAGAGCCAGAUAACUAUCUUCAGAUCCAGAGUGGCUUUAUUUGAAGCAAGUGUGGACAUGAACUGCUCCGUCUACAAGGCCACAUACCGAUGGGAGAUGUUUAGACUAUCUGUAAAUAUCACCGGGAACCUUCUCAAUAGUACAGCUUCACCUUUGCUCUUGCUCCCGAAGCAUUCUCUCCAUGUGGGGAAGUAUCUCCUUCGUUUCACCGUUGCGCUCCAAGGAACUCCUCUUCUCGUGCAAAGGACCACUACAGUCACUGUAGUCCACUCCCCCUUGGUGGCUGUCAUCAAAGGAGGUUCACAUAGAUUCUGGCCGAGCUCCGGUGAUCUGGUCCUGGAUGGACGUGGGUCUCAUGAUCCGGAUACAGACCCAGGAAGAGACGAUACGCUGCAAUAUCACUGGGCUUACUACAUAGAGAACUUCACAAACCCUUUUGAGAGUAACAGUAGUAUUGUGACUAUUCCCAGCAAACUGUUACACCCAAGCAGAAGCUACUCCUUCACCUUAAGUGUACACAAAGCUGGAAGAACACCAGCAUCCUUCACUCAGACAGUAAAGGUGAGUGAAAUCCUACUGCUUCCGGUGUUUGUGGAAUGUGUUUCCUGUUCUGGCCACACCCCCAUUAGCCUAGCUGGACAUUGUACAUCGUGUGAUGAAGUUCAGUAUACAUGGAGCGCUGAGGAUGAAACCGGCUCGGUGCUCAACCUCGACAAGUUUGCCACCUCAACCGGAAGACACUCCGCCAAACUGGUGCUGCGUUCAGGCGUGUUGCUGCCUGGGAAGAUUUAUACCUUCACUCUCAAUGUGACGGAGCCCAGCAGUGGGAGGUGGGGCAGCGCCAGUCAGAUAACGGCACCCACCAGGCCGCCUUAUGGAGGUCUGUGUGAGUUAAACCCGCAGUCAGACGUUCAUCUGCUGGACACGGUAGUCACCUUCAACUGCUCAGGGUGGAGAGAUGAUGAAAGCCCAACCUCUGAGCUCAUCUAUACCUUCCAGGUGGCACCAUGCCAUCAUCCCACUACCUGCUCUCCUGUCACUCUGUACAAGGGUACUCGGUCAAGUUUUGGCAGCAUAGUUCCAGCGGGGACUCUGAUGCACGGACAACACAAGUCACUCAUCACAGUCGCUUUGCUCAUAGAAGGCAAUCUCGGGACACAGGUCAUUGCUCUAAACAAAACUUUGACUGUUCACACUCAAGUGAAUGCCAGUGAGUGGCUUCGAACCAAGAGUCAGACAGACUUGUGGGCUGUAGUCCAGCAUGGCAACUCUCAGGAGAUCAUCCCGUACGCCAUUGCUCUCACCAGUCAACUCAAUCAGAUUAAGCCUGGACAAAAUCCCAGCGAGUUGACAAUAAUGAGGGAGAUUAGAGAGAAUGUUACCAACGCUUUGGUCUCUCUUCCCAUUUCUUCCCCGAUGGACGUUGAUCAGCUCAGCUCAGCAUUAGCCCACACAACUAAUGUUCCCCAGGCGGUCCCUGCUGAGUUAGUGUGUAACCGCUGUCAGGAGAAGGUUCUUGAAGCAGUCGGGAAGAUGAUCCGCAUGAUGGAGGAACACAAGAGCCAUGAUGUUUUGUCAGUCUUGGACACCGGGAGGAACAUCCUGAGCAUCAUAGGUAGCUCCCUGACAGCAAUCAAUGCCUUGAGUUCUCAGCAGAACUUGUCAAGAACUCACGGGUCAGCUUCGACGAUCACCCUGUCGGCUCUUGACAAUGCAGGGGCCUUGAUGCGUGCUCUGAUGCACGAUGCUGUUGAGGUGCCCCUUUCAUUCCACACGCCUUAUAUCCGUACUCUGGGCUUCCACGGAGACCCCUCCAAGCUUCUCUGCAUGAAGCAGUCAAACCAGUCCAACCACACCAUCUCGGGGUCAUCCCGUCCAUCGUGUCCAUUUCAAAUCCCAACCACACUCACCAAUCGUCUGAAGAGUCGGCGCUCAGAGCUGGUGCAGGUGGUUUUGGGUCUGGAUGAGUCUCACGCUUUGCUGUCUGCAGCCAACCCUCCAAUCUCUACUUCUCUGGUUGCCAUGGAGAUCAGCACACCUCAGGGUGAGCGAGUACCCAUCGAGGAUUUAGACCCUGAACAAGCCAUACAGGUCACCCUGCACAAUAAGCAUCCUGUGGGAGAAGGCCACAGAGAAAGCCAUGAGAUCCAUGAUGGACGUACUUAUGGUACAUGUCCUACUGUCAUGUUGCCACCGGAGGGACGUCUGAACUUCAUAAUAAACUCUAUUGAUGGCAUGGAUGAAAAUGCAGGCUUAUAUAUCUCCUUCAACUUCAGCCUGGUACCAGGCCAUACUUCAAUGACUUUGGGACAUAUUAAGAUAGAAAUGACAAGCAGAUUCCAGGAUUCCCUCAUAAAAGAGUGGCCCGUCAAUCUUUCUUCCCUGAACACCUUCACAGAGAAAACCGUCUUACUAUCUCCACUUUUGAACCGCACGGAGAAGACACUCGCUGUCAACCUGACCUCAUCUGUAGCGGAGGGCGGGCCUGUCCACGUGUCUUUGUGCGUGUUCAGCUCUCUAUGCCAGUACUACAGCGUCAAGGAGAGGAGCUGGACUAGUGAAGGUCUCACGCCACUGGAGGGUAGCACACUCCAAACGGUGCACUGUCUGACACGCCACCUGACCAUGUUUGGGGCCAGUUUGUUCGUUCAUCCUGGGGCCGUUGUGCUGUUGCCGCCUUCAGGUGGCCCCGUGCUUAAUGCGGUAGCAGGGAUCGUAUGUGCUGUUCUGAUCCUGAUUCAUCUACUGGUGGGACUCAUUGCCCAUAAACUGGACCACCUGGACAGCGUGAGAAGAAGCCAAGUGCCCCUGUGUGGUCGUUCUGGAUUAUACCACUACAGAGUGCUGGUCAAGACUGGCUGGAGGCACGGAGCAGGCACUACAGCACAUGUUGGCAUCAGUCUGUACGGUGUCAACAAGAGCGGCUCUCGUCAUCUGCAAAGGGAUGGAGCUUUUCAACGUGGCAGCCUGGACCAGUUUCAUUUAGAGACAGACCACAACUUAGGGGAAGUUUGGAAAAUUCGGAUUUGGCACGACAACACAGGCCUGGACCCACCGUGGUAUGUUCAGCAUGUGGUGGUCUGGGAUCCCGUGACGGACCACAUGUUCUUCUUCCUGGUGGAGGAUUGGCUGUCUGUGGAGAAUCAAAAGAAUGGGACGGUGGAGAAAGAAAUUCUGGCAUCAUGUCCUGAAGAACUUACUCAGUUCCAGCGAAUCCUGUCCUCCCAGCUUCUUUUUGGAAUGGUGGAGCGCCACCUCUGGUUGUCGUUAUGGGAACGCCCUGUCCACAGUCAUUUCACCAGGUCUCAGAGGGUUACCUGCAGUGCCCUGAUGCUGCACCUGUACCUGGCAUUGGGUUGUUUGUGGUAUGGGGCUGUUGGCUCCCAGGGGCACAGUGAACCAGUGUCGGCCAAACUGCUGGUAAAUAUGGAGACAGUUGCUGUUGGGAUGGUUGUUGCAGUUCUUCUGUUUCCUCUCCAGUGUUUGAUCUGCCUUCUGUUUAGAAAAGCCCACAGCAAGGUAAUGGAGGACAUGCCAGUUUCUCCUUCACCAGUUUGUCAUUCUGUGGAGAUGGAUGUCUACCUCGGCCAAUCAGCGCUAUCAGGCCCGUCCUUCUUAUCUCUGUCUGAACCCUCCAGCCAAGUCAGAGACAGUCCCUCAUCAUUACUGGAGAGCAAAGCCUUUGACUCCAGCAUCCUGGACUUCUGGGCUGCCUCUGGUUUGGUGCCUCAGACAGACGGAGCGGUUCACGGAGAGAACACGGCUUCCUGGACAUCUUGUGACAGCCUGCUCAAAGAGUCUGACGCCCCCGACCCCUGUGAAGCCUCGCUUGAUGUGUUUCCAACUCGCCAGCUAAGGAGGAAAAAAGCUCGCAUGCAGCUUCACCUGACACCGCCUUCCUCGUCUGACCCCCCUGCUACAAAACACACUGAAUACUCUCAUCCAUGCCUGCCUGCACCGGACCACUAUAGUCUUUCUAUGAAUGCUCACCAGCACAGUAUUCAGACCUUUUUGACUCUGUCUGAGGAGAAUCUGUUAAUGUCGAUAGAAGCAGCCACAGACUCUUUGACCAAAAGCAACUCAGAUAGCGGCAGGGACUCCCCGACAACCACGUCUUCAUUCUCAAACACCCAGAGCACCUCGUGCAGCAGCUGGUCCGAUCACACCGAGGAUAAAAGCCUCCAUGAGACGGAGUUCUUCAAGAUCGGUCCACAUGCGUGCCCCUCCCCGUAUGGGAACAAACUCUACAAAUGUGCAUCAGUACUAUCAGUUGACUCGGUGGCCAGCACCUUCCUGCCAAGUCCUUCCCCUGACUCGACAAGAUCCUCCUCCACGACACGCAUUGGCAUUGCUCGAGCACAACCCAGCUGGCUCUUUCCUCCCUGGGUGCUGUGCAUUGUCUACUCCGUAGUGGCCGUGCUGAUCGGAGCCUGCCUAGCACUUGUCGGAAUCUACGGCAGCCUCUUCUCCAGAACGGUCGUCCUCAUGUGGUUGAUAUCAGCGCUGUCUGCGUUCCUCACCUCUGCUGUCCUGCUGGAGCCUCUCAAAGUGUGCGUGGAGGCCUUGAUCUACACUAUUGUUUGGCGACCUGUGGAUCCGGAGGUCGAGGAGCAGCUGGCUCAGGAGACAACAGUGGUGAAGGCAUCUGGAGAACACAACGGGAAGGUUCACCCACCGUGCGGCUACGGGCUGCUGCAGGCUAAGGAGGAGGCUCGUAAAGUCCGUGCACUGAGGUCACUCAUGAGGCACUGUGUGUACCAGCUGCUCUUCCUGUUGCUGGUGCUCCUGGUAAACUACCAGGACAGUGUGGAACAAAGGCAGGGCAGGUUGUUGCACUCUGCUGUUAGACAGCAACUUCACGCUGCUCCCUUGGGGGUCCCCAACCUCACAUCGAUCGCAAGCUGGUUGGAUGCAGUGCAGUGGAUGAACACCACCUUGGUUACCCACGUGUACCGCAACCCUUUGCUGCACCUUGUUGGAUCGCCUCGGCUCCAGUACACACACGACACACACACGCAGGGCUGGGCAGAGGUUAUCGUUUUGGGAAACAGCAGUGUGGCGACACGACGGGUUCUGGCUGACCUUCACAGGGGAGGCUUUUCCACUAAACAGUUCAAAACUGUCAGUCUGGACUUUACACAGUACCACACAGAGUCUGGUUUAUUCCUCUGUGUGUCCGUUCAACUAGAUCAGACGCAAAGAGUCACUUCCUCCCUCUCCAUUCAUCCAUUCCUCAUCCCGUCAUCUCACAAAGGCUUGGACCUUCAUCUGGUUCUCAUGGUUCUACUUCUCAGUGCUUCACUACUCAUCUUGUUUGGGGAAGUACGGUGCGUGGCUACUGAGCGUGCUCAGUAUCUGUGCAGAGGCAAACACUGGCUACAGCUGCUUCUGGCUGCAUUAUCGCUAGCGACGAGUGUUCUCCAGCUCUGUUUCCUGUCUCAGGUCGCAUCUUGUCUUUCCCAGCUGCGGUCCCAGCCUAAUAGCUUCAUUAACUUCCACGGCCCGGCUCUACUGACUCAGAGGUCUUCCCAAUGUGCGGCUAUCUUGCUCACUCUUCUGGUUCUCAAGCUAUUGGGAACCUUAAGGUUUGUUCAAAGGUGGGUUGUGAUCAUCAGAGUCCUGCAAAGAGCUUGGAAGGAGCUAUGGGCCUUAAAUAUCCUCUUAAUGCUGCUGCUGCUGCUCUGCACUCACCUCAGCAAUACGCUCUUCUCACAUUCAGUGGAAGGGUUUCUGUCCAUGCGUCAGGCUUUAGUGUCAUUGCUGUCAAUCCUGCGUGGCCGGAUCGGUCUCCAAAGACUAUGCAAGGUCCACCCAGUCCUCGGGCCCCUCUAUGGCCUAUUCUUGAUGGGGGCUGGUCUCUGGUUCUUGGCCAAACUCUUGGGAGCUGUUCUCAUCUGUGCAUACAGGGCUGAAAAAGCAGGCAUUUAUCGUCCAACGACAGAACCUCAGGACUAUGAGAUGGUGGAUUUCUUCAUCAAGAGAUUCAAGCUUGGGAUUGGGCUCACCAAGGCUAAAGAAUUCAGGCACAGGGUGAAGUUUGAAGGCAUGGACGUUGCUCCUUCCAGGGCUUCUCAAGAGUCCCGUCUCUCUACUCUAUUUUCCUCCCUCCCAUCUUCUCGCUCUCCGUCCUCAUCUCCUUCCUUUUCCUCUCCUCGUCCGCCGUCGUCAUCGCUUUCUACCAUGUCUGAAGACUCAUCACUUUCUGAGCAGGGCUUUGACGUCCAGCCCUUCCUAGACCACCUGCUGCCUUGUGUCAACGCUCUGCUGUCUCAGUUUGAUCGUGUCACCCAGAUAAUUGAAGAUGUUAACAACUUGGAGACGGAACUUGAGGAGGCUCUGAGCAAAAGAAAGAAAAGUAAGAGCAGUAAAAAGGAGAGAAUUACAGACAGAUUCCAAAAAUCUACAAAUUUGAAGGACCAGGAAGGUGAUAGAACAACAAAUGGUGAAGUCAGACGCAGGAGGACAGGUCUGCUUUACCCCAAUCCGCAAAAAACAUUUUCAACCAUGAUGCCUUUCACUCCUUCCACAAUCCACUCCCCUGCCACAUCGGUCCACAUGUUCCCUCGCACGCGUGGAUCCCACUCCCAGUGUGAAUCCGUGCAUUUCUGUGAGGCAUGGGAAGCAAGUAAGCCCACAGUUGGAGGCUUUGGUCCGUAUCCUGUAGCUUCUCCUGGUUUUCUCAGGUCCCCCGGAAGGAGAGCAUGGCAUUCUGGAAGCUCUCACUCGGCGGAUGCAGCUCAAAGGUUGUGGCAAAAACAAGGUGGAGUCUUCACCUUCAUCAGACCAAAGAGUGAAGAGGGCGCAAGGAGACGUAUCAGUGACGGUGCCCCCAAAAAGAGGAAAGCUUGGAUCUCUGAAGAACCAGACGUGGAGCAAGCAUAAACAAAUGUGGACUUCAUAAUCCUUGCACACCUUCAUGAGGACUUCUGCCAAGCCUACAUUGUAGUUGUGGUUAUUUAGCAUUGAAAAUACUAAAUACAUGCGUAAAAACGCAUGUAUCUGUAGUUUGCCUAUUAGCAAUUGUUAUAAACACUUACUAAUAUGCUUACUUACUGAUGCAGUUUAUGCUGGAAAAUGUACAAAACACAGGAUUUUUUUUGCAGAAUAAAGACAAGAGAUCACAUGGUCUCAAAUAAGAACACAAAUUAUGACUUUAGGCCCACUCAUCUUUGCAGAAUUAUUGUUAUUCAGCCACAUUGGAGGCUUUUCCAGCAAGAAGUGCCAUUUUAAUGUCAUGCCACAGCAUCUCUGAGAAAAUAUAACAAUGUAGUAAAAUUUU